AUUGCCUUGUUCCUCCUUGUUUGCUCACCUUCCUCUGUUUUUUCUGUGGUAUUCCAACCACCUAGCAAUCAAAGCUUGUCGGUUGCAGUGUCUGUGCAUGUCCCUUGGGUUGUUAUGAAAGCCCUCGCUCUCACUUCUCCACAACCUCGAUUUUGCCAAUGAGCACAGACCUUGGCCCAUCUUUCUUUUGUCACCAUUUAAAACAGGACUCGCUUGUCAAACUUUUCCGUCGAUCCUUCACGUAGUAUAAAUAAAUCCCAUCGCUCCCAUCUGUUUCAGCUUCAAUUAUUGCCAACCCUGCAAUUUUAGUCAUUUCCAGAACUUUCAAAUGCUUCUGUUCUUUGUCUCAUGCUUCUCAUUCAUCCUAAUCUCUAGAUCCAUGUCUUGCAAGCCACUCUUGCCCUUGAGAAACCAGUUGACCCUAUUGUCUCCCUUCCCUUGGGGACAGUUUUCAAGCUUCCUCAUGUCUUUCUUUCGCAGAAUCAAGCUGAACCAGGUCCUCGUGAUGAAGCCACUCAAGAAGAUGACGACCGGUCCAUCUCAAGUCUUGCAAGUUGAAGACUUUCCUGGGGAGGCGAAGGUUUCCCUGUUGGACUUGCCUGAACUGACCUUGGACUACAUACUGGAGAGGCUCUCACCGGCUGGGCUCUGUAGUAUGGCUGAGGUUUGUAGCUCAAUGAGGGAAAAGUGCAGGAGUGACCAUCUGUGGGAAAAACACAUGAAGCAAAAAUGGAACAGAUUGAUUGGUGAUGCUGCUACAAGAGAAUGGCAAUGCCAGCUCGCCUCAAGAAAGAGGCCUAGCCUCUAUGGCCUGGACAGGAGAAAAGGGUUCGACAAAGACUUGCUUUUUAGUGUUUGGCCCUUUACUUGGAUGAGGCCAAAUUUGGAAGGUCGCAGUAAUCAGCCAAGAAGUGCUUUUCCUGUUGAUUCCAUAAUGGGUUUGUAUCUGUCGCUUGAGAAUGGCAAGUUUUGGUUCCCAGCUCAGGUGUACAAUCGUGAGAAUGGGCAUUCUGGGUUCAUGCUUUCAUGCUACGAUGCUCAUGUCAGCUAUGAUUCUCAAACAGACACUUUUCAAGCAAGGUAUUUGUCGCAUGGACGGCGAACUGUGGAAGAGAACAUACCGUGGGAUAGACUCAGAGCACCCCCUAUUAGUACUCCACCGCACGACCUUCAUAACUCGGAUUGUAUAAAUGACCUGAGACCUGGCAACCAUAUCGAAAUCCAAUGGAGAAAAUCCAAAGAGUUUCCCUAUGGUUGGUGGUAUGGCGUUGUUGGCCAUCUGGAGUCGUGUGAUGGGAAUGAGGAUCGUUGUCGAUGCCAUUAUAGCGAUAAUGUGAUACUAGAGUUCAACCAGUACCCAGCCGACUCGAGAUGGAGAAGAACCGUCAUAAACCGAAGGGAACACCGAGAAGCAGGAACUGAAGGUAAUGGCUUUUAUGGAGGGAUCAGAAAGCUUAGCACGAACGAGGAAAUCUCAACGUGGAAGAGGCUCUGGCCAGCUCAUGUAAUGGAAUAGUCCUUGGCAGCAAUGAGUCCUAGCACUCAACAAAUCUGUACAUAAACCAUCUCUGCCUUUUUGCUCGACUCCACCAGUCGGAAACAUGAUUGGUUUUUCGAGUGUAGGAUUUGUACGGUGAGAAGAUUGACAUCGGGCUUCAUUUUUCUUUAGCAUGUAGAGGCCUCAUACGACGAAUGUCCAUGUCUAGCAUUUGAGCUAGGGGAUGUAAAUGAAUAGUUGAAGAAAAACUUCCGCUUGAAUCAAUGAGCCGAAAAGCAUUCUGGUAUUGUUCGGUGCUUCUUUUGGUGCAUUGGCAUUCACUGAAAUCUCAUUCAAACAGAAAUGCCUUUGACA